AUGUCAACACCACUGCCGCAGCCGCAGCUGAAGAAGAAGAAGGUUUUCUCGCUGAAGCUGGCUAGAGCUCCUCCAGCUCCCAUGAACGCUCAUGGGGGGUUGGUACAGCUGUAUGGGUACAUCGCCGCACGAGACGACGUCGACUCGAAGCUCAACUACGUGUUCAGACACGGCAGGGACGAUCCGAUCGCCGUGCCCCUGCCCGCGCGGCAAGGCUCUCCCAUUGAGAUGACCGGCCCUAAGAGAGGCAUCGUGCUUAACUGCGACGUCCUCUUGGAGUUCGACAUGAGGAUCAAGAACGGGGACAGGGAGGAAGACGAUGCGCAGCUGAUCGACGGGAUGACGGAGUUCUACGAGAUGCACAUGACGGGCAAACCGAGCACCGUCCGCAUCAACGGCGACGCCGGCGGCGCCGUGGACAUGUCGCUGAGCAAUGUUUACGGAUUCGAGGCCACGGUUGAGGUUGCCAUAUCCGAGGUGGGAGAUGACGCGUUCGAUUUCUCUCUCGGUUGUGCUGUUUCGACGAUGCCGGGUGUGGCACACAAGGAGUUUCAGCUCUUCGGUGGCCAUGUCGCUGAACCCUGUGGUUUGAGGAGGUUUGUGGUCGCUGUCUCGAUGGAUACUGUGAUGCAUCUGAAGUUAAAGGCGGUAGAGCAGAACAAUGGCGUCGUCUCGAAUGUUGUUGAGCGUUGUUGUUCCUUUGAAGCUAAGGCGCAUGGAUGUGCCAGCAAUGAUGUAAAACUUGAUGGUCUCGCUUCUGGCUCGGUGAAGGUGACUUGGUCGGCCGUCUGA